AUGUGGGGUCACAACCAAGGUAAAUGUUUGCAAACCCAUUUCCUUUGUCUGUACCACUCUUACAAUUUAUAGUGUAGGUAAUUUGGCUCAUAUUCUAUAUGAAUCUCUCCUUGUAUAGGAAACCAGCAUCCCUCUGGCUACAAUGUGAACCCAAGCGGGUGUGAACCGCCAAUGCCAGGUGGGGGAUACCCUGGCGGGUACCCCGCUGGAACCAUCCAGCCCCCAGUAUGCCCUCCCUACCAGCCCCCCUCUGCUUGCUACCCUGUGCCACCAUCCUAUCCAGUGCAGGGUCCCCAUGGAGGUCAUGGGCAUGGGCACGAUCAUGGGCACGGUCAUGGGCAUGGGCACGGACCUCACGGCCAUGAUCAUGGACACGGUCAUGGGCCUCGUGGAGGACACGGAGGGCACGGUCAUGGAGGACACGGAGGGCACGGUCGCGGAGGGCACGGCCAUGGGCAUGGUCAUGGGCACGGCCAUGAGCAUGGGCACGGUCAUGGGCACGGUCAUGGAGGCAGGCACAGGCACAAGCAUGGGCAUUUGCAUGGUGGUUGUCACAAGCAAGGGAAGCAGAGUCAUGGGGUAAGAUACAUAUUUUUAGUCUAAAACUAAUUGAAGGUGCUACGUAGUAAAAUCUCUGUUAAAUUGAAAGAAUUUACACUACCGUUCAAAAGUCUCAAGAAGGCCAGUUUUAUUGCUUCUUUAAUCAGCACAACAGUUUUCAGCUGUGCUGAAAUAAUUGCAAAAGGGUUUUCUAAUGAUCAAUUAGCCUUUUUCAAUGAUAAACUUGGAUUAGCAAACACAACGUGCCAUUGCAACACAGGACUGAUGGUUGCUGAUAAUGGGCCUCUGUACGCCUAUGUAGAUAUUCAAUAAAAAAUCAGCCGUUUCCAGCUACAAUAGCCAUUUACAACAUUAACAAUGUCUACACUGUAUUUCUGAUCAAUUUGAUGUUAUUUUAAUGGACAAAAAAAUUGCUUUUCUUUCGAAAACAAGGACAUUUCUAAGUGACCCCAAACUUUUGUUGAAUUAAGGGUGUGCCUUUUCUGUUUCUCCUCCAUCCAGUGUUCAAGCAGCUCCUGCAGCAGUGACUCCGACUAGAGCCUGCAGUCAGAGGGACAUGACUUAUCGUCUUAUCAGCCAUAAGAGACCUGGACCUCUCUCUCCCCCAGUGCUUUAGUAUAGCCCCAGAACCAAUCCCAAAUCCCCAUCCCUAAUGUAUGUACGCUACAAAACCAUAUCUCUCUCCCGCUCAUAUGAUUUAUUUUCUAUAACAGUAAUGUCAAUAAAUAGUGAAUAUUGUCUGAUUUUAAAAAAGCAUGAUGGUUUCUUUUAUGUAGAAGAAUUAAAGGACAGAGGAAAACGUCUCUUUUCUUGGUGUAUGCCAAAAUUAUAAAAAUAAAUGUCCAAUUACUGUGUAGAUCAGGGUUCUUCAAUUCCGGUCCUGGAGGGCCGAAACACUUCUGUUUUUUAUUUCUACCUGGUAGUUAAUUGCACUCACCUGGUGUCCCAGGUCUGAAUUAGCCCCUGAUUAGAAGGAGAGGAUGAAAAACAGAGGUGUUUCGGCCCUCCAGGACCGGAAUUGAAGAACCCUGGUGUAGAUCAUAACUACAACCCACAGUAUAUGUUUUUGAUAUUUCAAUUAUUGUGGGCCUGGGGAAAUUCGGAUUUGUUCAUGGGUAUUUGUUUAUCCGAGCCACGCUAUAAUUGUAACCCUGCCUAGUUUCCUCAUAAAGUCAGGAAUUCCUAAACUUUGAUUUGUAGGAACCUAAAAUCAAAAGUGGUGCUUGCUUGUGUCUCCGCCCUAACAAUGGGAUUCGUUGUCCACAGAGCAGAACGGUGGGCUGUCUUUGGAUUGGUGGAUACAUCUCAUUAUGUGAAUACUUUUUAAAAUAUUUGAUGGGGAUGUUGACGUCAACCACCUGUAUUCAAUGGAGAGAGAGAUGCUAUGCUAGCCUCAUGAAUAUUCAUAGGCCGUCUCAAAUUUCAGCAGACAACUCCAAUAUAAACUGUUGCCGGGAUGUCACAUGCAUCACACUUAUAUCAGUACACUCCUAACAACCUAAGCAUUACGAAACUUAUAUUAGAUCAAAUAAGCCUCACGUAUUAAAAUAGCAAUUCAUUUUUAUCUUGACUAAAUUCGACACUAAUUGCCCUCCAUACAAAAACUCCUCACUUGCUUAAUCAUUAAUGAUCUGCUUAAUGUGGACAGAUUUUGGGCAGAGUAAAUCCUCUCGCUUAGCCUCUUCCUCUGGCAGAGAGGUUUGAAGUAGUGAUGGGAGAACAAGGCUUUCUGAAGCCUUUGGGGCUUUCACCAAAUUGUGCCAAAGAAACUUUGGAGCUUUUAACACGAUGCACAUUAGUGACAUCUGCUGGUCAGCAAUAAACAUCAUUUGAUGUUCAGAUAGAAGUAGUAUUACUGUUAGGAGGUUUGCCUCCAAAACAGGGCCGGCCGCAGAACAAAUCUGUUGGACGGGCAUUUGAUUUCCAUAGGGGGGCACGUUUUUUUGUCAUGGGACCACCUAUGUGGAUAUAUGUAUGUAUAAAAAAAACAAGGCCUUUGUUACAACUAUGAAACAGAAAGCAUUGGUGUCGGAACCCGGUAUAAGCUUCUUUUAUAACGUCAAAAUAUAAAUAAAUAUCAUAACCACAAAGACAUGUAACGUUACAGCAUGAUUAUAGCAGGUUUACUAAUGCAUUAGUUAUAUUAGCUAUGCUGACUAUGACUUUACUUUAGCUAAUAUGGUGACAACAAUGUAAGCAAACGGAACAAAACAGGGAUAAACAUACCUGAAUUUGUCCAAUAAAAACUAUUGUUUGCAACUAUUGGACUAAUGAUUUCACCCUAUAUCAGCUAGAUGCAGGCAAGAGUGUGCAAGCCGGUAUUGAAUGUCACUGUAUGUCCACGUGUCACUGUCUGUCACCUCAAAUUUGUCUCUCAACCUGUGUGCACCUACGUUGUAAACUGUCAUUCAUAGGCUAGGUUGUAGCAACCUCAUGAUGGGUAUAGGGAAAAUUUGAGUAUCAUGUAGUAGCCUAAACCUAUCGCUGUUACAUUGAACUGGGUGAAUGGAAUAUGAAUGACAGUCAUCCAAUAUGCUGUAAUAUAAAUAAAGACCAUGCUCAUGAAAAAAAAUCGUCCUCCCUCAUCUUAAACGGCACUGACUGCCACUGAUGUCCACUGUCAGAAGAGUUUGCAGCAGAUUGUUGUAUUGGUGCUUCAACGCUCCAGAUUCCAUGCAUGAUUACAGUAGUUAAUGGACGCGUUCGAGUGGAUUACUUUUAUCAAGUCGGUCACCGCCUUUCAAAGUGUGUUGCAUUCAUGUCGACUACAUGAACUUGACGAAAUCAUGUGAUCAAAGGUCAGUUUCUGCAGUUGCUCUUCACCAACUUCAUCCAGCAGCCAUCACCUGCAUUGUGGGAGGCUCUAUUGUCAACCAAUCAUUAGUGUGUUUUUGUUUGACCCAUGCGAAUGUGAUCAAAGACGUGACUGAAACAGGAACUAAUUUGCCUCAAUUCAUGUGUACAGUGAAUAAAUAAAUGUGAUUGAGGCUCUCUCUCACUAAUUGAUCGUAUAAUGUACACACAUGGCGUGUUUCUCAAAAUGCAUACUACUGUGCUCCGAGCACGCACAUUGGAGCACAGGAGGGUCAGAGUACGAGUCCAAAUCAAAGUAUGCGAAACGGAGCACGGAGGGCACUUCUCUAAUGCGUACUGUGUUUGGACAUAUUUUGAAGCGUGCAUCGAUGCAAGCUUCGAUCUCUGGCUUUAUAAGUGGGUUGGACUGUUGAGCGCUACAUCCUGAGGGGUUCGUGCUGAUUGUACGGAGAUUGUGACAGCCAGUUAAAUGGCGUCCCUUGACAAGGCAAGAACAAGAUGUAUGUCAGGAGAAGUGCAGUAUUAUCAUAAGGAGCCUUAUACUUGGAAUAUGGAGGAGGAAUGGAGGGGAAAAGAGAGGCAGAGGAGGUCUAAGAGAGAGAGGGAGGAAGAGGGUGAGCUUGAGUCGGUUAAAAAUGGCGGAAAAAAGGGAGAUGGUUUGUUAAAGAAGAAUGGUAGAAAGUGUAAGCAGAGUGAGUUGAAGACAGGAGGAGAAAUGGAAGUGAAUGAGGGCGAAGUAUCGGAGGUGUUAGGUGUUGAGCCUGUGGCUUGCACCGAGGGUCAGGAUAAAGACGAGUCUGUGACAGUAGCAGUGAAGUGUUCAAUGAUAUCAACUGUUCUUGUGCCUUUGUAAUAAAACUGUAAUUACUUUGAGCAACAUUUUAUUAGCAUGUUAUUACAUAAUACUUUGCUAAUUGCAUUUUAUUUGCAUAGCAAUGAGCUAAGAGUUUUUGUAACUACUGUACACAAGAGGAAUUGUGACUGUUCCUUGUUCCACUUAUGUAAUAACUCUAUUAUUAUGCCAUUAUAAAGCAAUUUCUACAGUCCUAUGUAAGUAACAAUAGUGUUGCUAUCGUAAUAAUCACAAAGUUACUACACAUGCAUAAGAACUUAAUGCUGUGUUACUGUAUUACCUUAUGUCUCACUCAUUAUGAAAAUGUAUUUGUUAGUCAUUUUGAAGCCGCAAAAGUGGUCUACUCUAAUGUUGAGGUGAUUCCAUCUCCCUCAUGUAUUUAAUUCUAGGCUAUAUUAAGAUUCAUAUCUAAGAGCCCUCCAAACCAUGUGCGUAUGAUCAUAUAUUUAGACUAAUUCAACUAACUGUUGUAGUUUCUGGUUCUUCAUCAAAUAUUUGGUUGCCAUCAAAUACAUUUUCAAAAUUAUUAAGACCUGAGAAGAGAAUAUUGCAGCUAAAAGCUGAAUUGCAGUAUACAUAUCGCAUAUACAGUACAUAUAAAUAAUACAUUAUAAUACAUUUUAUAAAACCCAAUGGACCAUAUGCACUAUUUAAUUGAAACUGAAUUCUUUGUCAAAUGAAAUAAAUAUUGGCCAAUUAUUUUAUACAUUCAUCAAUUUACAUAAAAACAUAAAAAUGACUGGCCCUCUAUUGCCAUCACCCUCACGCCCCCUCGACAAACACACACACACGGACAGAUAUCUGUUUAGUUUAUGAUGAGAGAUUUGGGGAGUGGUGAAGGAAGUGAGGUGUAAAGGUGUGUCUCUCUCUACAGUAUAAUUAAGAGUUAUUUCUCUGGAAGCCAUGCAGACAGAACCCUGACUGGAACUACAUCACAGUAAGUACAAUAUUUCUAAAUAUGCCUUAUUUUGACACUUUAAUUUAAAAUAACCAUGUUUUUUUAAAGAGACAUGUAAAACAUGAUUGAUAAAGCUAGCUCUUUAAUUGAUGUGUUACAGUACUUUGAACUAUGGGAGACUUUAACAUUGCCAAUGCAGGGAAAUAUGUAAGAUCAUAGGGGAGAAAGACAAAUAGCGAACAAUUAGCUUCCUGUUUUCUUUGUUCUUAAUGUGAUUUUUUACCAACUUAGGGACAUGUUUACUAAGUGUUUAUUCCUGUAAUAUUCCAGAUGGAAUAAAAGACCAAAAACAAAACAAAGCUAAAAUGUUGUAUUCCAUCUGGAAAAGUGCGAUUUCUGCAAUAAUGCUAAUUCUUAAGUCAUCAAGAAAGUUGUUUAUUUGACCCUUGUUAGUGCUUAAUUUUCCAGCAAAUACUGGGAUAAAUACUUAGUACCUGCAUAAAAUAUCAAUUAAUUCAGUAACUUUGGUGCUUACUGAUUACCUCAGUGCUUUCAAUGCUCCAUCCAGUGGAAAUCUAUAAGAAUGCCAUCAGAACUUACAUUGAAAUACCAUAUUAUAUACAGUAUCUUGACAUUAAUGUCAAAGCAAUUAUGUUUUAUAAGUAUCUGAGAAAAACUGUUUAUAAAGGUAUCUGUGCAGACAGUAUUUACCUGUUAACUACAUGAAUAAAAAGCAUUGCAAAAGGAUUCAAAAAUAUAUAUGUUGGCCAACACCCCACUGUUGCUUUCCCUGGAAUGGAACAUUGGUUUUAGUGUGCAGCCAGCAGCCCCAUCUGUCUAGUACACUAUUGUUCAACAUGUUUGCAAAUUUUCCACAACCAGUCAGACUGGUUAGAUGUGACCUGUGACUGAAUGUAGCCCUGCCCUGUGACACAAAACAGGUGGCGAUAUGUUGAUAAGGACUUCAUCCAUCUCUAGGUUCCAUUUUAGCAAAACAUAAUCAUAAUAAUGCAUAAGUAUUUUUUCCAUUUCAGGGUUUUGAUCUGAAACAUCGAGAUGUGGGGUCACAACCAAGGUAAAUGUUUGCAAACCCAUUUCCUUUGUCUGUACCACUCUUACAAUUUAUAGUGUAGGUAAUUUGGCUCAUAUUCUAUAUGAAUCUCUCCUUGUAUAGGAAACCAGCAUCCCUCUGGCUACAAUGUGAACCCAAGCGGGUGUGAACCGCCAAUGCCAGGUGGGGGAUACCCUGGCGGGUACCCCGCUGGAACCAUCCAGCCCCCAGUAUGCCCUCCCUACCAGCCCCCCUCUGCUUGCUACCCUGUGCCACCAUCCUAUCCAGUGCAGGGUCCCCAUGGAGGUCAUGGGCAUGGGCACGAUCAUGGGCACGGUCAUGGGCAUGGGCACGGACCUCACGGCCAUGAUCAUGGACACGGUCAUGGGCCUCGUGGAGGACACGGAGGGCACGGUCAUGGAGGACACGGAGGGCACGGUCGCGGAGGGCACGGCCAUGGGCAUGGUCAUGGGCACGGCCAUGAGCAUGGGCACGGCCAUGAGCAUGGGCACGGUCAUGGGCACGGUCAUGGAGGCAGGCACAGGCACAAGCAUGGGCAUUUGCAUGGUGGUUGUCACAAGCAAGGGAAGCAGAGUCAUGGGGUAAGUUACAUAUUUUUAGUCUAAAACUAAUUGAAGGUGCUACGUAGUAACAUCUCUGUUAAAUUGAAAGAAUUUACACUACCGUUCAAAAGUCUCAAGAAGGCCAGUUUUAUUGCUUCUUUAAUCAGCACAACAGUUUUCAGCUGUGCUGAAAUAAUUGCAAAAGGGUUUUCUAAUGAUCAAUUAGCCUUUUUAAAUGAUAAACUUGGAUUAGCAAACCCAACGUGCCAUUGCAACACAGGACUGAUGGUUGCUGAUAAUGGGCCUCUGUACACCUAUGUAGAUAUUCCAUAAAAAAUCAGCCGUUUCCAGCUACAAUAGCCAUUUACAACAUUAACAAUGUCUACACUGUAUUUCUGAUCAAUUUGAUGUUAUUUUAAUGGACAAAAAAAUUUGCUUUUCUUUCGAAAACAAGGACAUUUCUAAGUGACCCCAAACUUUUGUUGAAUUAAGUGUGUGCCUUUUCUGUUUCUCCUCCAUCCAGUGUUCAAGCAGCUCCUGCAGCAGUGACUCCGACUAGAGCCUGCAGUCAGAGGGACAUGACUCCGUGCAGUCAACUUCCUCUUAUCAGCCAUAAGAGACCUGGACCUCUCUCUCCCCCAGUGCUUUAG